AUGCCUGCAACUCGUAAACAUCUUCAUAUUUCGAAGCCACGUCGCCGUCAAAGGUCUGUCAGUUUAAACACUCGUGCUUCACGUUGUGGUGUAAAAAAUUUUUUAAAUGUUCUUAAAAGUCUUCAUCCUACCGUUGAUUCUUUUUUCCCGGUAACAAAACAAUAUCUACAAGAAUAUAUCGAUGCAAAAAAGAAACAAGGUACCAUCAAAGCAAAUUCUUUGGACCAAUACUUUCAACAUAUUGAAAGUUAUAAUAUGGCUCUUAAUUAUGAUUUACCAACAAUUCCAUUAGUGUGUUUCGAUGUGACUCAUGAUCCAAUCGCUAAAAUUGAACGUAGUCUACGUGUAUCUAUUGCAAAUAUUGAUCAAAACGAUGAUCCAAAUCUUGUCAUUCAACAAUUAACCAACAACAUUUCUAAUCUAAAACUGCCAAAGAAAUGGGGAACAAUAGACACUACUACUCUGUAUUAUCGUAUAGGUACUUGGAAAGAUUCUCUACAUCAUGAUUUAAAAAGUGAAAUAUCUUAUAAAUCGUUUUGGGAUGAAUUGUCAAAGAGAAAAUCGGAAGUCCAAUUAAUUGUAUACACUAGACAACCUGCUAUAAAUACACCACUUACUCCAAGAAAAAGCCCGCCAAGAUUACAACAAAUUCCAGGUCUUGAUUAUAAUUCAGAUAGCUCAACGCACUCGCCAACGUUAAUACAAUUGAAAUCAGUAACUAUUAGAUCACCAAAUAGAACAUACAAACAGAACAUAGCAAUCACUGAUAAAACAACUUUUUCUUCACUUUUAGCCUUUGCAAUUAAGAAACCACCUCCACCAGGUAAACAAUUUGUUCUACAAAGUGCUGACGGAGAAUUAGAAUAUAUGCCCGAGGAUCCGGUUAGGAAAGUAAUCCAUGGUACACUUCAUGCUGAUGUUGUGGUAAAAAUGGAAGAUAUUAACGAAGUAGAUUUUACUAAAUUUUAA